AUGGCGAGUUUCAAGAUUUGGGCUCUUCAAGUCAUCACUGAGAAAGGAAGCCUCAAGCGCAUACGCAGUGAUCAUGGGGGAGAAUUUCAGAAUGAGGUCAUGACUAAGUUCUGCAAUGAACAAGGCAUAGCUCACCAAUUUUCAGCGCCUAGAACACCACAGAUGAAUGGAGUAGUGGAGCGAAAGAACAGAACACUUCAAGGAAAUGGCGAGAGCAAUGAUCCAUGGAGGAAACAUUCCUGUGAAAGCCACGAAAUCCACCUUGAAGCACUGGAAGAUGCAGAUUGGAUCAUCUCCAUGGAAGAGGAACUAGAGGAGUUCGUGAGAAACGAUGUAUGGGAACUGUGCCACUACCUGAUGGUGUGA